AUUGCUAAGAAAUCAAAAGCGGUGCUAUAUUUCUUCCGAGUACUUUGAGCAUACUUUUGGACCAGAGCUGAAGUGUUGUGUGUGGUUUUCACCAUUUGGGAGAUUGAUCUUUAUCCUCUGAGUGUGUUUUGAUAUAUUCAACUUAUUUGUGUGCGCGUGUGUGUUUAUUAUCUUUGAUUUUUUUUUUCUUUCUUCGUUUUGUGAGUUUUGAGGAGAGGGGUGUUUGUUGAUUCUGUGAUCUCUGUAACAACAUGAACAGUGAGAAGGAGAAAAGAAGAGCUGUGGCAUGUAAGUCGUGCCAUUCCCUCAAGGUCAAAUGUAAAGCCAGUGAUCCUCUGGAUCCAACUUCUGCUUGUUUACGUUGUCUGAAGAGUGGACGAAACUGCGAGUUUGAACCUCCGGUGACGAAGAGAAGGAAAAGACCUGAAGACCGUGUUGUUGAGCUGGAGAUGAAGUUGGAGAAGCUAACAUCACAACUGCAACAAAGCUCAUCAAAUGAAAACUCGCCUUUCCCAACUGGGACCGCUGCAACCAAUACAACUGCAACAGGGGCCUCAUCGAUUCCACAGGGAGCGUCUGUGGGAUCCGCGGAACAGCAGCAACAAGGGCCUCAACAACAGCAGCAACAACAACAACAACAGCAAUCACACUCGCAACAAAUUCCUGGAGGAAUCAAAUUGACAAGUACAGAACAGCUGGAUCAACUCUUUGGUCCUAAUGUUCUACACGAUAUAUCAAACGCCAUGACGUUAACCAACGAAAUGAGGCUAAAGAGUAUGAGAGUCACAAACGUUGAUUUGAUAGCAGAUGGGAUCAUCUCUUUACAAGAGGCACAACUGAGGUAUCAGUUAUAUACAACUGUGUUGUACAACAAGGUUUCGUUUAUCAAAAUCACAUCGGAGUUUGAACAGUUGAGGUUAAAGUAUCCAACUUUGUUUCUAACCAUCAUGGCUGUAACAAGUAUACUCCGUGAGGAUGGUCCACCAGUGGAGGUGAAUAUUAAAAUUGAAAACUUGGCACAACAGCAGAUUUUGGAUCAGGUGUUAAUCGUUGGUAAUAAGACAAUGGAGCUGUUUCAAAGCUUGUUGAUUUGGACACUAUGGUAUAACACUCCAGAAAUGUUCCAUCAUAGAAGAUAUCAUAUCUUUAGCAGUCUCUGUGUUGGCUUGGCCUUCGACUUGGGUCUGACCGGAAGACCUUAUUACGUUGUGGAUAGGAAUGAAGGUUCAUUUCAACGUCGGAAUAUGCUUGAUGAACCGCAGAAGGAAGAGUAUAGGAUCCUUGUUUUGGCUGUUUACUGUUUGUCAACUUCGUUCUCCUUGUUCUUGAGGAGACGUCUCAUAGUGUCCUGGUCUUCUUACCUCGAUGAGUGUGUUCAAGUAUUGAGGUCAUCGCAAGAUCCAAGACAUCGCGCUAUUGGUGUCUUUUCCCAAUUGACUUCGAUGAUGGAGAAAAUUGAUAACCUUAUAGAACCAACAGCACAGGUCAACUACCCCUUGGUAAAGCAUAUGGUCAAUGAGAUAACCGAAUUAAGAUAUAUCGAAACAAGUAUGGAUUACAAAGUGAUGCAGGCGUUUGCAUCCUCCAUUGAGGCUUUCCUCUAUUCGAAAUUUGCCACUGCUGAGAUGUCGUUCAAGUGCCUUGGAAGUUGUGCAGAAUGUUUGCAAAGCUUUAGCGACUUAUCAACUGAGUUAAUGGCAAGUAUACCUCUGAUGAUCUGUGGAAGGUUGAUGUACUGUUUUGCAUUGUAUCUGAAAACAGUGAACUUUCUCAAAACUGAUAUAGACCUUCUGUUGGUGAAACGGUUGUUCGACAAGUUGCAAACCUGCUCUACGCGCUAUCCAAAUGUCCAUGUGAUUAUCAAGGUGAGACUGCUAUUGCAUUUCUACCUCACGACCUUUGUUAAAAAUGGUGAUAUUUUUAACUAUAUUAACGAAGAUAACGGACCAAUGCCAGCUAAAAACAUGGGACCGCCACCAUCGCAGUCUCAGCCUCAACAUCAAUCGCAGUCUCACUCACAGCCCCAAUCACAGCCUCAGUUAUUUACUGGGAACAGCUCAGGGAAUGGCGGUGUAACCCAACAGCAACCCACAAGAGGUUCACCGGUGACUUCUGGAAAUAUCAACCCGACUAUUCAAGGUCCACCGCAAGUGUUGAAUAGUGUUCAACAACCAGUAAUGCCUUAUGGUCAAAUGAACAACUCAGGUCAGGUUCAUUCAAAUGUGCAAUCUCCUCAGCAGCAACAAAUUCCCCAGCAGCAACAAGUCCCCCAGCAGCAACAUCAGCAUGAAACUCAAGCACCUUUUGAUUUUAAUGGUAUCCCACCACAAUCUGUGGGGACCCCAUACAAAUUAGAUAUGCUAAGUGACGCAACAAUGAAGGGAUUCGAAGCUGUAAACGAGCAAAUCCCAACUGAUGAUUUCUGGAAGAUCUUUGACUACAAGAUGGAUGAUCAAUUCUACCUGUGACACUAAUUCUACUAUGACGUUAUGUACUAUAUGUAUUUUUAUUUUUUGUACUUUCCCAUUUGUUCUUAGAAUGAUAAUUGAAAUUUGAAUAGACGCUAGAGAACUA